GUGUAUUCAAGUAUGUGGGUGCGGGACGGACAAACAUCGUCGUCUCUCUGUGCCCGUCGUCAAUGGUGUCCUCGAAGACGGUCUCAACGUCGCCCAGCAAUGGUGCUCUAUGUCAUAGGGGAGGAAAUGGCCCGUGCGCGGUCGUUUUCUCACGCAUGACAUAAGCCACAGCGGUGUUCCUUCAACGCUUUCUCCCAACCACCAACAUCCGAGCCUCCGAUACGCAGGGCUCCCGCGUCCGCCUUCGCCACCGACCUGUCCGUCGACAGCCCCUGCAUGUCCCAACCACAGCAGCCUCAGCCACAGCCGCAGCCGCAAACCGUUGUACCAUCCAAUAUGUUGUCUCCCGCCGAGGCGGAGCUUGCCCAGGCAAAUUCAUACUACCCACAAGAACCGACCGACCUCACUGGUGGUUUGCCCAUGAACCUGGAUUCGCUGCGAGAUGGUCCGCCUGGAAGCAAGCCAUUUUAUCCGUACUCGACCCUUAUCCGUUAUGCCAUCAAAGGCUCUCCGACUGGGAAACUCUUGCUGGAAGACAUUUAUUAUGCCAUUGAAUCGCGUUUUCCAUACUUUCGAAGCGCCCCCUCUGGCUGGAAGAAUUCUGUUCGCCACAAUCUUUCCCUAAACCCAUGCUUCGAGAAGGUCCCCCGUCCCCUGACCGACCGCGGGAAGGGCUCAUACUGGACGGUUAACGACAACGUUGAUCCGCGCACGGGUGUUCACCGUGUGAGGAAGAAGAAGCCAAAAGGCACAAAAGCACGUCAGUCGUCAGAACAACAAAACGAUGUCGACUAUCACCCAAACGAAGCACCACCUUUUCCCGAUCCCCAUGCACAAUAUGUACAGGGUCCGCCACCUCCUCAAAUGCAUCCUGAUCAAGCAGGUCCCAGCAGGCAAGCCCCAUAUCCGCCUCCCUAUCCACCUGCUUUUGACCCCAAUUUUGGAAUGCUCCCCCCUCCACCUCCUGGGGGCUUUCCUCCUGCUGUGCCGAUAGAUAACCUCGAAGCGGACGAGAAUGGCAACUUGUCUUGGCGUCUCAGCUGGAUUAAGGAGCUCAGUAACUUGCAGCAGAUAACUGCUGAACAGGAAAAAGCAGGCGCAGAUGAGGAAUGGUAUCGCAUGAUGUUGUUGCGCGUUCGAAGCGCACUCAUGCCACCUGCUUACCCUGAAGGGAUGCAUCCUCCCCCAGGAAUGCACCCUCCGCCGCCAAAUUCCGACAUGCAACAAUCCAUGCAACAGUCAGUUUGACGUGUGACAGGUGCCUUUUUCCCCUUGCAGUUUCUAUGCACAAACUUCGUUUUGUUGUUCCUUAGUCGUUGCCUGUACACCACUAUUGGUUCUCCAUUUAGUUUGGCUAUAAUGUCUAAGAAUUACGACUUCGAAAGUGCUGGGUGU